AUGCCGGACCAGAGACCAAGGCCGCUGUCGCACGACGACUACACCGUCGGCUGGAUCUCUGCUCUGGCGAUCGAGUCAGCGGCGGCCGCCGCAAUGCUGGAUGCCGAAGACCCACCGCUCAGCGUGUGCCCCGGCGACACAAAUGAUUACGUCCUGGGCCGCAUCGGUCAGCAUCGUGUCGUCAUGGCCUGCAUAAAUGAGGCGCGGGGUCUACCAGCCCACGUCGUAGCGACCCAUAUGACGAAGAGCUUCCCUGCUGUGCGCCAUAUGUUGAUGGUGGGUAUUGGAGGAGGCAUUCCGAGUAAGAAGUACCCCGUCCGUCUUGGCGAUAUCGUCGUCAGCGAGGCCACCGAGCGGUCGCCGGGGGUGGUGCAGAGCGAUUUUGGGAAGUGGGAGAAAGAUGGAUUCAGGGUGACGGGCUCGCUGAAUCGGCCCUCGGAGAGUCUGAUUCGAACGACCGGCGCCAUGAGGAGGAACCACCUGCUGAAGCGAACCGGUAUACAUGCGCUGGUCCAUCACUUCAAGGGCAAUGUUCUUCAUCCGGAGCAGUGGAAGUACCAGGGGUACCAGAAUGACCCUCUGCUCCGGGACGAUAGCGAACCACGGCCGAGUGCGCGGUGUGCUGAGUGCGCCGCUUCGUCCGAAGAAUAUGUACGGGAUCCCAUGGUCCACUAUGGUAUUAUUGCGUCUGGCAACCAGGUGGUGAAAAGCCGCGUAACCAGGGAUCGGAUCUGGGAAGAGUUGGGCGCAUGCUGUGUAGAGAUGGAGGCAUUUGGCCUGAUGAACCACUUCCCCUGCCUGGUGAUCCGCGGCGUCUGCGACUAUGCAGAUGAAAAUAAAGGCGACCGAUGGCAGCAGUACGCGGCUCUCGCUGCAGCAGCGUAUGCAAAAGACCUGCUGCUGCAGGUCUCGUCCUCACAGCACACGCCGACCACCAGCGAACAGUUCGAAAUGAUAACAAGUAAAAUCAAUGCUCUGCAUGAAGAGCUGCACACAUCCAGCAGUUUCUACAAAGCAGGGACAUCCAGCUUAUUUGAAGCAUUUUGCCAUGACCACCAGUCCGAUAGAAUUCUCAGCUGGCUGUCCCCGUCAGAUCCGUCUAGCAAUCUCUCGGAGGCUAAAGAGAUACGAUGCGAGCAGACAGGCUCCUGGCUUCUUGACGACCACAAAUUCAGAUCGUGGAUAUCCCGUUCCCGCAAAGCCCUCUGCCUGGAAGGAAUGCCGGGGAGUGGCAAGACAAUCCUCAGUUCAAAGGUUCUCGACCAUCUUCGAGCAGAGCUAGCAGAGAAUCAAGAAGAUGGACGCGUGGCUCUGAGCUUUUUCUUCGACUUCAAGAGCCCUAACCAGCAGUCACUGGAUGACUUGCUGCGCUCCCUGGCAAUGCAGCUCUACAUCCACCACGCGCCCACUCGCCCUAUCCUCCAUAAGCUGCACAAUCUCUCUGCGCAUCAAAGGCCGACGACGGACUCGCUUAAGGCGACCGUUCGGCAGAUGCUAGUCCUCAAUCAGCAGGCGUACGUGGUUAUUGACGCUCUAGACGAGUGCAAGACGAGGUCCGAAUUGCUGCUCUUCCUAGAGCGUUUGGCAGAUUCCCGGGAGCGCAAUGUUCGUCUUCUCGUUACUACUCGAAAGGACAAGGAAAUCCAAUCGAGCCUCGAACAAUGGCUAAGCAAGGAUGACAUCAUCCACGUCGACAACAAGAAUAUAGCCGCUGAUAUCCGCGAGUAUGCCGCCUGGCGGCUGCGAGAGGAUCCCCAUUUUGGUCGGUGGCGCGCGGACUACUCUCUCCAGAAUGCAAUCACGGAGAAGAUCACGCAAAAGGCUGAUGGCAUGUUUCGGUGGGCGGCUUGCCAAAUGGAUAGGCUCUCUAGAUGUCUACAUCGCAGAGCAAUCCAAGAGGUCCUGAGCUCGAUGCCGGAUACCCUGGGCGAAACGUACACUCAGAUCCUGACACAGAACAAAGAACACCGAAGAGACGCAAUCCGCAUCUUGCAGUUCCUCACGUUCUCUGACCAACCCCUGACCGUUGCCGAGAUGGUAGAUGCUAUUGUUGUCGAACCAGAUGGCAAGAUACCUUUCGACCCCGAGUUGCGCCUGAGCAUCCCAGAGGAAGUUGCCAGCAUCUGUCCAAGCCUAGUAUCAAUUGUUGCGAAAACGGACAAGCAGAUCGUGCAGCUAGCACAUUUAUCCGUCAAAGAAUAUCUAACAUCAGAUGGAAUCCCGGCAGAGUUUAGAGAAAGCUUCGAGGAACUCAAUGCGCUGGCGACCUUGACCCAAGUCUGUCUGGCCUAUCUUUCGCAUCUAGACGACAAGAUAUCAGUAGACGAGAUUGAUAGAAAGUAUCCAUUCGCUCGGUUCGCGGCGCGGAAGUGGAUGGAGUUCGCAAUGGUUUCUGAAGAGAGGUCGGAUGUCCGCUCAGGCAUCGUACAAUUCUUCCGCUCUCCCCAGAGCUACAGAACCUGGAGGCGUCUGUUCAACCCGGAAGCACCAUGGGUUACCGAGGCUUCAGACCUGGGGGAUGCAACUACCGUUGCCCUUUACGAUGCAUCUCUAGGUGGGCUCUGGCGUACGGUUAUGGCAUUGUCUUCCAAAGACCAGUAUGUUGAUAUCGAGGGUGGCAUGUACGGGUCUGCUCUACAAGCGGCUUCAUCGCGAGGCCAUGUCAUGAUAGCGGGGGUCCUACUCGAUGAUGGCGCUCGCGUGAACCCUGCUGAUACUGGUAUUUAUGGAUGUCCGCUCCACGCAGCUGCUGCUGAGGGCCAUGCAGAGUUGGUCAGCGUCCUUAUCAGAAGGGGGGCGGCCACCGACAGGCAAAUCCCGGGCUACGGUACCGCUUUACAAGUUGCUUCUGCAGCAGGCCAUACAGUGGUUGUAGAUGUUCUGCUCGAGCAGGGUGCUGCUGUCAAUGCUGUGGGAGGCAGGUAUGGGACGGCUCUCCAAGCUGCGUGCUCAGAGGGCCACGUCGAAGUGGUCGAGAUGCUACUAGCCGACGGUGCCGACGUCAAUUGCUCAGGAAAGAUUUUCCACACGACUCUAGAAAAGUCCUCAAAUGGGAGCCGAUAUGCCCCGGGAAGGUCUGGAGGAGGAACUCGGAGGGAUAGUUUUGGUAAUUUUAGGGGGCCUGCAGUAGAUAGUGGACCCCUUCGCAAUACCGCUUUGCAGGCAGCUUGCUUCAGGGGCCACAAGCGUAUCGUGGAAAUCUUACUUGCACACGGCGCAGACAUUCAUGCCUCCGGGGGCCAAUACGGGGACGCACUUCAGACAGCCAUCAACCAAGGCCACGACGACGUCCGGAAACUCCUGCUGGAACAUGGCUCAGCACACCGUAAUUCAGACACCAACGACCAUGCUGCGUUUCGUUACCAAAAUCCUGAACGACCAUUUAGGAUCGAAAUAGCGCCCAUCCCAUACGUUAUGCCAGCUGCGGGUUAUACAAGUUCCAAUACUAGAGGAAGGGCGCGAGAUCCCGACGUAAUCCCAGCAGAGCAGAUACGUACAUAUUCACCCCCCCAGCUUAUACCCAAAUCCCACUUGCAUCCAGAUGUGCGAAACAGCAGGAGGGAGUUUGUCUACGAACCCAAGCUGUCCGGGCCAGCUAAGACCCCACAAUACCCUGACGAAAGCGAUCCAUCCGAUUUUUACAAUUCGUCUGGUGAACUCCCCCCUAGGUCCGGGAACAGGACACCAUCCAACGAUGAAAGCAAGCCCAGUGACAAGGGUCAGGGUCCACGCGGUCCAUGGGCGUCUCUGUCAACCCUCGACGAACCCGACCCCCCUAUACCAGGGGAGAGGAUUCUCCAGGAUGACAAAAUCAGGUCCAUUAGCGAGUGGAUUGAUAAUACAUUGGAGGACACACCAGGCAAUGGGAAAGUCGAGAGAGCCGCCGGGUACACUAGUCCACAUGACUCUCAGAGUGAUAUACAAUACGACGAAGGAACCCAGACCUAUAUUCCAAAGUCACUGUCGAGCCUAUUGGCUGUGGCAUUAGGCCCAACCGCUAGUACAUCCAGGCCGAUAUCCAAAACAACAGACCAGCAUGGAGCAUUUGAAAGUAUCACGAGUGGUAACCGACUUCACCAGGCAAGUACAGCCAAUGGACUCAAAGCUCCGGUCGUCGAAUCCAAGUCUCAAAUUGCCGAUCCUCCCAAGCCUAAGUCUUCCAGUCCCAAGCUAGAUAAGGACGGGUCGGCUAGCCAGACCGAAAUGGCAAUAGAAAACAGCGGCAUUGCAGCCGCAAAGCGCCACAAGAGGACAAGCGAUUCACAGAUAAGGCCGAGCACCCCUCGCCGGGUUGGAAAUGGCAGAAGAGGCCAAAGUAACCGUCGUCAACAAGGUUUUUGUUGUGUAGUGCUUUGA